CAUUUGACACUUCCUUGUCACCGUUCACAUGAAACAAAUCGCAUGAGUUUCUAUCGGUGAAUGAUUAUUUUUCAGUGGAAAUUCAUAAUUGUUUGGUAAAAUUAUCAUGUCAUUGCUAGGAAAUAGUCUCUUACGAGGCAUUUUACGUAAAAAAUUAUGUUCCCAUUUACGUUUGCAAGUAAAUCCCGUUCAAAUUAAACCACAACAAACGUGUAACAUAACAACGGUGGCUUCAUUCAAGAUUGCUUCACCCACCGCCGAUGAUGAGCAUGGUAGAAAAAUGAACCUUGCUGCCAAAAUAUUUUUGGAUCGAGCAAAAGAUUAUGAUGAAAUGAUUCAAAUAGCUGGUGCUGAAUAUCGACUUGGUAUGCGUCAUUUGGCAAAUAUGAUGGGUGCCGAUCCCGAAACUUUUACCCAAGCCGAUGCAGAUGCUGCCAUUGAAUAUCUAUUUCCAUCUGCUCUCAACGAUAAGAAAGCCCGUCCAUUUAUGAAACCACCAGAAGAAGUUUUCCCACCACGAAAAAAUAUCCAAAUCGAUCGAACUGGACGCCCAUUUCACUCCUUUUUCUUCACCGGUUUUCCCAAUUACUAUGAAGCUUGUCAUGACGCUUAUGAACAAAUGAAAAUGUUAGAUAAAAUUCAAGAUAAAGAAAUUCGACAAAAUAAGACACCAAACGAAGGACUUCAAAAUAAAUGGGAAGAUUCAGUAUGGAUGACCAAAGGACAAUUGGAGGAUAAAAUCAUUGAAGGAAUUAGCGAUAAAUUUUAUUCCGAUUUUAUUUUAAUGAUGGAACGAUUGUUGGAACAUCCAUACUCCUAUAAAGCAGUAGAUUUCAUUAUGAAAUUUAGGAUUAAGACACAAGCACAAACUCAAACACGUGACAUUGUCGAACCGAAAAUUGGUGAAGAUGGACGCAAAUAUGUAACAUCAUAUAAGUGCAGAUUCAAAUCGGCGCUAGCUGAAGUCACUAUCAUUUCACCAGGUUCUGGUAAAAUUGAAAUCAAUGGUAAAGACAUUAGCUAUUUCGAAACAAUUGCGCCGAGAGAAACGGUUCUGUUCCCGCUGCAUUUUACUGAUAUGGUUGACAAAGUUGACAUAGUUGCAAAUGUAGUUGAUGGUGGUUUUAUGGGACAGGCAGGUGCCAUUCGAUAUGGUGUUGCGUUGGGUCUACGAAGCUUUGUCGAUGAAGCAACCAUGAACGAAAUGCAUGCCGCCGGAUUACUAACGUUUGAUAGAAGAGCCAGAGAACGGAAGAAGCCUGGUCAAGAAGGUGCUCGACGCAAAUUUACAUGGAAGAAACGUUAAUCUUAUUACUAUGUAUUUUAGAAUUGAAAUAUACUGCAUUCAUUGUACGAACAUUUCUUCACUUUUGACAAAAAUGUCUUUGUAGAUUUAACUAACCGAUAUGUAUAAAAAAAUUAAAUAAAAAGAUUAAAUUGAAUUCAA